UUUUUAGUCAGAUUUUCACUAAAAUAAUAAAACUAACAUCAUCUAUACAAAAGAUAACGAAUGGAAACAUGUUUGUUUGUUUGUUGGCAAUAUGAACAUCUAAAUAUUAUUUGAAAUGUUAUGUUACACUCAAACUGUGUAGGGGGGUGGUGCUUACGUAUGUGUGUGUGUGUGUGUGAAUGAACAUGUAGAUGCUUGUCGUCUAUAAAUAAGAACUAACUAUUCAUUAUAAAUUCUGAUUGACCGUUGGUGUAAUAAUUGUGAAAUAUCAUUUCAAUGUUGAUCAUUUGGAGAAUCUUUGUAUUAUGCUUCAUUAUUGAAUUAAUAACAUCUCAAUCAGAACGUGUUCCAGUAAAUCAUGGUCCCAAAGGUAUACCCAUUCAAACUUAUCAUGAUAUAGAUCCACGUCUUAUUGUAUUAGAAUUAAAACAGGAGGUUACCAAAUUAAAAGAAGCGCUUGAUAUUUUUGCUAAUAAAAUAAACGCUAUAUCACCUUCAACAAGUAUAGCAACUAAGUAUAUUCAUAAUGGAUUGUUGUCUAGUAUAUGUAUUAUACUUAUAGUAUAUUAUCAUUUACAGAAAUCUUAAUCAUAUGCUUAUUGUUAUUAAUCAUUUUGAAAUAAAGAUAUAUUGUAAAAGAA